AUGCGGUUCGGUGCGCAACGAGAGGCAAGAACAGCUGCAGAAGUUGGAGCUGGAGCUGCAGCAGACACACGAACUGAACAGUUACUUAGCCUUAAUACAGCUGCUGGUAAUUUGCUGCGCUGCCAGCAUCAAGGGCAAGGCGUUGACCAUGAAGCUGCAGCAGCGACAACAACAAAAUCAUUUCUACUCUGGGUUUAUCUAUGCGCAGGCGUCUUUAUGCUGCUCACAUCGGCGCUUUGCAUGAUACUCGGUGCAUUGGACAUUGUUAUGUAUAAAUAUAUUGAGCGACCCUUUCUCUGGUCCAUGCUGGGCAUCAUGUGUUGGCUCAUACUGCGCUGCUGGCGAAGAGCGCGCACAAAGUUUCCCUUCAAUCUCAUUUUGGUGUGUGUAACAGUUGCGCUCUUCAGUCUGUGGACUGCCUACACUCCGCCCUGGAUCGAGCUGCUGCAAGUGGGCCUGAGUCUAAUUGGUGCUCUUGCUCUCUUAGUGCUGCUCAUGCUUUAUGGCGCGCUUGCUCCCAACUCUGGACACUUGCCCACGCUCUGGCUUAUGCUUGUGCUCGUAACUUUCUUGCUGUUAGUCUUCAUCUUUGCCUGCGUCUGGCUGGUUCAACAGGAGACAGUUCAUUUGCUCUGCGCGCAGACAUUUCUUUUCGCAUUGGCCAUUGUCUAUUUGCCCUACCAUACGCUCUAUAUCCAUGGGCGCUUGAAUGCGUCGCCAAUCGAAGAGAAAUACUACUGCGCGCUCAUCAUAUUCAUUUGCUUUGUGGCUUAUUUUUCGGCAAUUUCAUUCUAUUUCUGCUACUACGAAGUGCAAAUUGGCUUUACACUUUUUACUGAUUUUUAG